AUUUAACCAACCCCAUGAACCAUCACAAAAACAAGCUCUGAAUUCAUUUAUGAUUUAACCAUAGUACUUAACAAAAGUUACGCAACAAAUCCAUCACCAGGGGGUGUACUUGUAUAUAUAAAAGUGCAUAAUUGUGAGCAUUUUGCAUCGACAUCAGAGGCCACGAGCAGAAUAAACAUUUCUGGCCAAAUCUUGGAUGCUUCCACAGGGCUCACCUACUCGAUUGUCCAUGGCCGUGUCCUGCAUGCCGAGCACUUGAGGAUCGCCACCGGCUCCACUCAAAUCGCGAGCAACUCCCAAAUUAGCCACUUCAGGCCUCCAUAACCAGAUCCGAGCAACAAGGAAGGAGAGAGGCAUGGAUGGCUACAGCAGCCUCGCGUCGUCCCUUCCGGUGGCGGUGGUGGCGGUGGACGGGCACCACGGGGCGAGGGGGGCGAGGCCAUCGAUGGAGCUGACCAACACCAAGGAGACCAAGGCGUGGGAGGGGCUGGCCAUCGGCGCGGUGACGCUGGCCCGGACCUUCUCCACGGGCUCCCACCGGUUCUGCAGAUCCGGCAGCGAGAGGAGGAGCCGGAGCCGGAGCGGCCUGCCGAGCGCGCUGAGGCGGGCCUUCUCCAUGCGGCGCUUCCACCCCGCGGGCCCCGGCGGCUGCGGCGCCGGGGACGGGUACUGGAGGAUCCACGACAUGGACGGGGACAGCGACCGCGGCGAUGACACGGUGGAGGAGCACGGCGAGAACGAAGCGGCGGCGGGCGAGGAGGCGGAGAACAAGAAGGCGGAGCAGCAGCGGGACGAAGAUGCUGCGAACUCCGCAGUAGCGGAGAAGGAGGAUGCCGAGGGGAGGACGACGACGACAAAGAAGAAGCGGGGGGGCAUCUUGAAGGCGUGCAGGAAGCUCUUCCGGUUGUAAAUAGCACCAGACAGUGAUUCCCUUCCCUUUUUCGACCUGCUGCUGUGAGGGUACUGGAUUCUGCAAUGUCGAGCUGCUGCUGUAAGGGUACAUGUGUGCCGAUGGCCCCGCGAGGUAGCUGAUCCUGAUGACCUGAUCUCGUGGUUGCUGGAUAUUGCCGUGUUUGUGAUCGUUGUCGUUUUAGAUCUUCUUGUUGUUGGUUUUGUAAUCAGGAACAGAAAACCAAAAUGAUCAUAGAUCAUACUGAAAUCCUGUGAAA